AUGGUCAAGUCGGCCUGGUACUCAAAUAGUAUUCCGUCAUUGUCCCUACCUGAGGAUUCGUACUACGGCCCUGUGGUGGAGCAAAUCGAAGAUGGAUUGACCGGAGCUGAGAACAAAAAGAGGGGAAUGAACGUCGAUAUAUUCGCUGAAGGAUUAGUGGUUGGGGUGCCGAAAGGUGGGAAGAAAGAUGUUUUGGAGAGGUUCACUGGUGGGAAUGGUUUGGUGGUUGCAGUUCCUGCCAAGAUGGGUCAAGAUCACGCUAAGAAUUGGGUGCAGGAUAGUGCGAUGAUGGAUCGGGCUGGAUUAGGCAAGUUGGCGAGUGCUAGAAAGAAUGCCUAG